UUCAUCAAUCAAAUCUGACGGCAAUUUCGCAAUAUAAUUAUCUUUGUAAACAGUAUCAUUUACAAGAUGAGAACACUGUCAAAUGUAUAAAAGCGACAAUUGAAAAUUAUUGGAGAACUAGGAUUCAGCCACUUUUUGAUCCAUAUUCCGAUCGAUAUUCGAACUAUGUCAUCGAUAUUGGACUGAUUGAGAAUAAAACAACCAAUCGGUACGAUUGUAUUGUGAUUGAAUUGAAUCCAUUUGAAAGAACCACGCAUCCAAGUUUAUUCGAUUGGAUCAAAGAUGCUGAUCAAUUAAAAGGAGAAACCAAUCAGCUAGAAAUACGUGUACAAACAGAUUACUAUCCAUAUAUUGAGGAUUAUAUUGAAUUUCUACUUGAAGUAAAUCAUUGUAUUAGGGUUAAUGAAGGAUCAUCUGAUCGCCCGGACACGAAACCAUAUUUUAUGUUUUUGGAUCAAAUCAAAACACAACUUUCUUCAUAA